AUGCCGAGCAAAGGAAUCCACGUUUUCACGUACAUCGCCGCACGUGGUUGCUCAAUUGAGCUUUCCGUGCCGGGCAAGUCGGUCUCAGUCAACGACCUGCACCGUUUCCACAACGUGGCAUUGGAAGUCGAGUCCUCUGCAAUCGAGAGCUUCUUCGACAAACGGGGCAAGUUCAACUUCAAGGUACACCAGGAUGGCCACCAGAUCACAGAGCAAUGGAUCGACAUCAACGCGCUCACGGGCAAUGCCAGCGGCGGUACGAUGGAGAACAUCGCUACCACGCCGUCCAUCUUCCAUGGCGACAACCUGAUUAUCUCAUACGGCCUGUAUGAGGCCGGCAAGGGCCACGACCUGCUGCCGAACCGGCACCAGUGUUACGUCACCGUAACACCGAGCUACGCCCAUUGGAUCAAGGACGUUGCGCCGCCCGGGUCCGAAGCCGAGAAGAAGCCGUUCUCGCGCCUUGUGCUGCCGGCCGCGCACGACGUUGGCAUGAACAGCAUGGCCAGCAGCGAAGCCGUGCUGCGCAAGGCCGGUGGUGCCGUCGUCUGCGAGCUCAUCCACGACAGCCCCGUGCUGGCCAAGCUCGCCGACACGUUGUCGCGGGAUGCCAUCGGACUGAUCGCGCCUAACAUCAUCUUCAGUCUGGCCAUUACCCAGAAGGACAGCCUCGAGGCCAUGCUCAAGAUCGGCGCGCGCUACUUUGAGUUCCGCCCGGCGCACCUGCAUAAUGCCAUCGCCAACCGUGGGGCGCUGCCGGACCGGCUGUACUUCCAGCACAGCGCCAUCCCCGGCAUGGCGUACGAUGCCUUCCUCAAAGGUGUGGUCACCUUCCUGCGGGAGCACCCGUCAGAGAUCGUGGUUGUGCAGCUGCGGUGGGACGGCGUGCCGGAAGUAUGCAAGAAGCCGUCGAAUGAAGAGAAGAAGAAGUACCUCGACGAAGCCCUGCGCGAGGCGCACGGCGAGAUCGUGCCCGGCAACUUGCACGAUAUGAAGCACCUCAGCAUCGGCCAGUUGCGCAGCGACAAGAAACGACUCAUCAUGCUCGACAGCGUCGAUUCGCUCUCGACUUACACCGACGAGGGCAACGCCACGCUCGACGGUGACAGCAUCCUGAAGGCGCUGCCCCGUGUGCUGACGCCCGACGCCCAAAAGGGGAAAGCCUUUGUCAACAUCCAGUGCCAGGCCACGGCGUCCAACAUCGUCAAGGCCGUCGUCUACUCCAUUCUCGAGGCCAGUGUGACCACCAGCUGCCUGCUGGCUACCAAGGGUCUGUGCGACUCCAAGAUCCUGCCGUGGUGCCGCGAGAAUGUGGUCAAGCAGUGCAACCUGGACCGGCUCGUCGUCAUGAUGAAUGACUUUAUCGACGGCGCUACGGCUGAUGUGGCCGUCGAUUUGAGCAGGCAACGGCUCAAAAAGUGA